AUGGCGUGGUUGAGAAAUCUGCCCAGGACUAGAGAGUUCUUUCUCCAAGUGUUGGGAGGUCUAGAACUUGAAGGCUAUAACAUUGUAGGCGAUGGAACAGUUCAGGCUCUGUUGCCAAUACUUACUGGACACGCAGAGUCUGAUCUACAUUCGGCAAGGAAAGAUGAGAAUGGGGCUACACAAGUGGAUGAUUUCCCCUGGAUAUGGGACAGGUUCAAGGAAGCGGGUUACGUCACAGCAUGGGCUGAAGAUAUGGCAUACAUUGGCACAUUUCAGAUGCGCCUGAAAGGUUUUCUACACCAGCCAACGGAUCACUCCAUGAGACCAUACUUCCUGAUGGCGGAGCCCAUGUACAGACACUUUCUACCAUGGUGUGCUGGGUCAGAGGUCAGACACAUGCGUUUCUUGAACUGGUUCCGAGAGUUGUACCACAUGUACGGAAACAAGCCAAAGUUUAUGUUUGGGUUUCACUCUGAAUACAGUCAUAACAGCAUCAACAAUCUCAAGAAGAUUGACACGGAUCUAAACAACCUACUGAAAUACUUACACUCUAGUGGCUACCUGAACCACACCAUACUCGUUCUAAUGGGAGAUCACGGAAGUCGCUUCUCUAACCUACGGGCAACACCUCAAGGAAAGCUGGAAGAAAGAAUGCCUUAUUUUGCUUUCAGCUUUCCUCCAUCGUUAGUCAAAUCACAUCCUAAAGCCAUAACAAACUUUAAAAUAAACACCCACAGACUGACUACCCCAUUUGAUGUUCAUAAAACAUUCCUAGAUGUGCUCAACUUUAAAAAUACACAAGACUAUACUAAUAAAAGGGGUAUCAGCUUGUUCAAAGAAGUCCACAGGAACAGAUCUUGUGAAGACGCAAAUAUCGAGCGCCACUGGUGUGCCUGUCUUCAGUGGACUAAAGUAAAGAAUCCAGGUUUAGCUAAGGUUGUAGCUGAGGCUGUGAUGCAGUUUCUCAAUGAGAAAACAGCAAAAGUACGUAACCUGUGUGCCAUGCUCACUGUGGUAAAGAUUAUUAGCAUGUCACAGGUUUCACCCAAUGUAGAGGUUCUACAGUACAAAAAGAGCCUUGACCACCAUGGAGACUUCCCUGAUAUGACCGACAACAUGACCUUAAAUUAUAAUUACUACCAGAUCGCUCUGGUCACAGAACCAGGGUCAGGUCAUUUUGAGGUCACAGUCAAAUAUUCAACAGUCACCAAGGAAUUCUUUAUUAGUGAUACAGAGAUGAGCCGCACAAAUCGUUACCACAAUGCAUCACUGUGUAUCCAACACAAGUAUCCACAUUUACGGGCAUACUGUUUUUGUGUCUAG